UCCAUGCUGUUUCCUCUUAAUAGUUAUAUAUAUUCAUAUACACAGGUGUAGAAGAAAACUUGCACUUGUGCAGUGAUUAUAAUUGGGCAUGGAGAUUCUGUAUUACACAAUUGGUGUGUGUUGUGCAUUUGUGCUACUGAUAUACACAUGGAGGGUGCUGGAUUGGGUUUGGUUUAAGCCAAAAAAGAUGGAAAAAUGUCUGAGACAACAAGGUUUAAAUGGAAACUCCUACAGAUUUCUCUAUGGAGAUUUGAAAGGUUUGAUAAGUAUGCUGCAAAAAGCCAAAUCCAAACCAAUCAAUCUUUCAGAUGAUAUCAAGCGGAGGAUCAUACCCUUCUUCCUCAAAACACUGGAGAACUAUGGUACCAACGCCUUCAUGUGGCUUGGGCCGAGACCAUUAAUUAUAAUCACGGACCCUGAACUCAUAAAGGAGGUCCUAACUAAGAAUUAUGUGUACCAGAAGCCAGUAAACAUGAAUCCACUGACCAAGCUGCUCGUACAAGGUGUAGUGAGCUAUGAGGAAGAUAAAUGGGCUAAACACAGAAAAAUCAUCAACCCUGCUUUCCAUCUAGAGAAGCUAAAGCUUAUGAUGCCAGCUUUUUAUUUGAGUUGUGAAGAGAUUUUGAGCAAAUGGGAACUGGGCCUCGCUCCUGGAGAAUCACGUGAUUUCGACGUGUGGCCUUAUCUACAAAAAUUAUCUAGUGAUGCAAUAUCAAGAACAUCGUUUGGUAGUAGCUACGAAGAGGGAAGGAGGAUAUUCGAACUUCAGAGAGAACAAGCUGAACACAUCAUCAAGGCUUCCCAGUCGAUCUAUAUUCCUGGAUGGAGAUUUGUGCCGACUAAGAAGAACAAAAGAAUGAAGGAAAUUGAAAAGGAAGUUCAAGCAUCAGUUAGAGAUAUUAUAAAUAGAAGAUUGAUGGCAAUGGAGGUGGGGGAAGCACGUAAUGAUGAUUUGUUGGGCAUAUUGUUGGAAUCCAACUUCCAAGAAAUUAAACAACAUGGAAAUAAGAAUUUUGGAAUGAGCAUAGAUGAGGUCGUAGAAGAAUGCAAGCUGUUCUAUUUUGCUGGACAAGAGACGACUUCUGCUUUACUAGUAUGGACGUUGGUUCUAUUGAGUACACAUCCAGAGUGGCAGACACGGGCUAGAGAAGAUGUCUCACAAGUAUUUGGUAGCAAAAACCCAGAUUUCGAUGGGUUAAAUCACCUGAAAAUCGUUACCAUGAUUUUGUAUGAGGUCAUGAGACUCUAUCCACCAGCAGUUGGAAUUCCUCGAAGAGUUCAUGAAGAAACGAGAUUGGGGAAACUAUUGCUCCCAGCUGAGACACAGCUUCAAUUAUCUACAAUCUUAUUACAUCACGACUGCGAAAUCUGGGGAGAGGAUGCAAUGGAGUUCAAGCCGGAGAGAUUUAGUGAAGGAGUGUCAAAAGCACAGAAGAAACAAGGCUUAUAUUUCCCAUUUGGAUGGGGUCCGAGGAUAUGUGUUGGACAAAACUUUGCCAUGAUAGAGGCAAAAAUGGCGAUGGCCAUGAUUCUACAACGCUUCUCUUUUCAGCUCUCGCCAUCCUAUACGCAUGCUCCUCAUACGCUUAUAACUCUUCAACCUCAGCAUGGGGCUCACCUAAUUCUUCACAGGAUAUAGCGUGGACAAGUCGCGAAUUCUAUCAAGCAUAUAAUACAGUCAUUUUUAUAUCCUCCUACGUCUCAUGAUGUAUAAGUUUAUAAUAAUUAAAUUUUCUAUCGCAUCAAAACUGACUGAUCUUUUUGUCUAUAGACUAAAAUAAUUUAAAUUUUGCGAUGUUAUUUUUUGUGUAUACAUGUGAAACCUUUCAAAACGAAGAAUAUUUCGUAAGGAAGAGUAAAUAUGUGGGAAUUACUUUUCUGGCCUAAAGAUAUGGGAGUUUCUAUUUGAAAUAUAACGGUCAUUGGUAA